CGGAAGCACUUUCAUCAAUUUCUCCUGAGUAGCCAUGGCGGCGACUGUGGUGAGAACUGUGCUGCUGCCGGUGGCGAGGCGGCGGCUGUGGGGUUUCGCGGAAAGGCACCUUCGCCCAGGCGCCUCCGGGCUGCUGUUGUAUUUUGGAGGGAACAGACUGAGAAGUACCCAGGCAGCUGCACAAGUUGUUCUGAAUGUUCCUGAAACACGAGUGACAUGUUUGGAAAAUGGACUCAGAGUGGCCUCUGAAGACUCUGGACUCUCAACGUGCACAGUUGGGCUGUGGAUUGAUGCUGGAAGUCGAUAUGAAAAUGAGAAGAAUAAUGGAACAGCUCACUUUCUGGAGCAUAUGGCUUUCAAGGGCACCAGAAAGAGAUCCCAGUUAGACCUGGAACUUGAGAUUGAAAACAUGGGUGCCCAUCUCAAUGCCUACACCUCCCGGGAGCAGACUGUGUAUUACGCCAAAGCGUUCUCCAAAGAUUUGCCGAGAGCUGUAGAAAUUCUUGCUGAUAUAGUACAAAACAGCACAUUGGGAGAAGCAGAGAUUGAACGUGAGCGUGGAGUGAUCCUCAGAGAGAUGCAGGAAGUUGAAACUAAUUUACAGGAAGUUGUUUUUGAUUAUCUUCAUGCCACAGCUUAUCAAAAUACAGCACUCGGAAGGACAAUUUUGGGACCCACUGAAAAUAUUAAGUCUAUAAAUCGUAAGGACUUAGUGAAUUAUAUAACCACACAUUAUAAGGGGCCAAGAAUAGUGCUUGCUGCUGCUGGAGGUGUUUCCCACGAUGAACUGCUUGAGUUAGCGAAGUUUCAUUUUGGUGACUCUCUGUGUGCACACAAAGGAGAAAUACCAGCUCUGCCUCUCUGCCCGUUCACAGGAAGUGAGAUUCGUGUGCGGGAUGACAAGAUGCCCUUGGCACACCUGGCAAUAGCUGUUGAAGCUGUGGGCUGGGUGCAUCCAGAUACAAUCUGCCUCAUGGUUGCAAACACGCUGAUCGGCAACUGGGAUCGUUCUUUCGGAGGAGGAAUGAAUUUAUCCAGCAAGCUGGCCCAGCUCACUUGUCAGGGCAAUCUCUGCCACAGCUUCCAGUCCUUCAACACCUCCUACACAGAUACAGGAUUGUGGGGACUCUACAUGGUUUGUGAACCAGCCACGGUUGCAAACAUGAUACAUGCUGUUCAGAAAGAAUGGAUGCGACUCUGCACAAGUGUAACUGAUAGUGAGGUUGCACGAGCCAAAAAUCUUCUGAAAACAAACAUGUUAUUACAGCUUGACGGUUCUACACCAAUUUGUGAAGAUAUUGGUAGGCAGAUGUUAUGCUACAAUAGAAGAAUUCCCAUCCCUGAGCUUGAAGCAAGAAUUGAUGCUGUGAAUGCCAAGACACUUCGAGAAGUCUGCAUCAAAUAUAUCUAUGGCAAAAGUCCAGCUAUUGCUGCUGUUGGUCCUAUUGAGCAGCUACCAGAUUUUAACCAGAUUUGCAGUAACAUGUGCUGGCUUCGUGGUUAAACACUCAUAAUCAGAAUAUCUUGAAAGCAUAUUUAUAAAACUGCCUAGUGUAAACUAUCAAUCCCUAAAGAGAAAAACAAGUGUGAAUGUGUUUGGAAAUCUUUCCAAAUGAAGUGUCAGGGUAAGAUUAGCACCUUGAUGACUUUAGUAUAACAUCAGUCUUGGUGCUCUGAGAAGUUAUACUGGAAGCAGCACACAUUAAAAUUAUUAUCAUAAAUAUAAUUUUGGAAAUAAAAAAUUUAGUGUUUUCAGUUUUAUUAAAAAAUGCACACACAAAGAUUGUCAUUACGUCACUUCCUGGCUCUACUUGCAUUCAGCACUUGCUCUUGAGCAGCCUUCUUUGCUUUUACCAUCUCAACAAGUUCCUAGGAGAGAGAACAGUGUAAUUUCAGAAGCCGUCAGUUUUAAAGGCUGUAUCCAAUAUAAAAUUUACAAAGUUUCUAAGGUUGGUCAUUUCUUUGUAAUGUCUUUGGCCCUGGCACCAUUGUGGCAGUAAAAUAAGCAUGAUGAUACCUAUUAUUAUCCAAAUAACAGACAAAGUGCCAACUCUAUCAUCACAAGUUGUACUGGGAAUGACUUUAUAAACUAAAAAUCUUCCACCUUAUAUCGUUUCAUGCAGUCCUUCUUUGUCCUGCCAGGAACUGCUUCUGCAAUUUUUUCCCACCUCUCAGGUGUGUUUACUGGGUAUGUUUUCAGAGCUUGUUCCAAAAGCUUCUGUUCUUCUGUUGUCCAAGGGGUGAAAUCUGUGCACGGACCUGUUAAAACACAGUAUUAGAGAAACUACCUGCCUCAUUACUGGUCUCUUAAAACCUAGUAUAUACUCACCAGAACUUUUAAAACCUAGUAUAUACUCACCAGAACUUUUUUACUAAUUAAUUUGCUGGAAAGGCCCCUGGAAAAUACUCUGAUUUUACACUGGAGGAAACAACCCUAUCAAAU